AUGGUAGAGAAAAGAAAGACUACCACUAAAGGUGGUAAUGAUGCCAAGUCAAAUAAAAAAAAUAAGAUUGAACAAGAUAAUAGUAUUAUGGCAUUGGGAAUGGAUGAUUAUGAUGAUGAAAUCAGCGAUCAAGACAUUGAAGGUGCAGUUUCAUAUAAUGAUAAAUAUUAUAAUGGCGAAUCAAAUGACAAUAGCGAAAGCGAGGAUGACGACGAAGAGUUGGAUUAUAUCGAUGGUAAUAAUAGCGAUGACGAGGAGGAGAAAUUGGACGAUAGCGAAGCAGCAAUGGGUAGACCAACAAUAUUACCAGAAAAAUCAGAAAUUGAAGCAAAAAAAUUUGUAAAUCUUAAAAUUAAAAAUGUACCAGUUUCACAACAAUCUGCAGCACCAACAAGUGACGAAAUUCAAAAUCUUAAAGAAACCCAAUUUCUUUUUAAUUCAAAUUUAUUCAGACUUCAAAUCAACGAGUUAUUCAAAGAGAUCAAAAUUGAUUAUAGUAAACUUUCAUCUUUGGAAUCAGCUUUACAUCAAAUCAAAACAGCCAUCGAAAAAAUACCAGAACAAGACGUAGACAUUACAGAAGAUAAUAUAAGCGCCGUUAAAUUAUUUGAUUUCAAUGGUGGUGAGGGUUUAUCAGUACACUAUAGCAGACCAUCUUCAAUCGAUGUAGUCGGUAGUUUUAUGAGCAGAUCAGUUAUUAAAUCCAAUCCAAAUGUAGAUAUGACUAUUGAAAUCCCAUUAUCUUCAUUAUCAAGUAAAGAUGCAAACGACUUCAAAUAUUUUACAAAAAGAAAUUUAUAUUUAUUAAAGGUUGCUAAUGAAUUAAAGAAACAUCCACGUUUUUCAGAUUUAUCAUUCAAGAACUUUAAUGAUGAUUCAAAUAAACAAAUCAUUGUUAUCAAACCAAAAGAAGAUCCAAAAACUGGUUCAAAAACUAAAUUCCAAAUUCGUAUCAUUCCAACCAUUCCAAAAGAAUUAUUUAAUAUUUAUACCAAGUUUAAUCCAAAUAUUAGUUGUAUAUUUUUAGAAUCAGAAAAAGAUAAUAUCAAAAUUCAAACUUUUAAAGAAAAUGAUUCAAUUUAUGAAAAUAAUGAAAGUAAAAAAGUUGAAGAUGAUUCAAAAACUAAAAAGAAAAGAUCAUUUGAUGAAAUUAAAAGAUCACCAUUUUAUAAUAAUUCAAUUUUAGAAGAUAUUUUAUUAAAUGACCACAUGCAAUUAAUUAACGAAAAAUGUGAAAAUGCACCAGUUUUAGUAGAUACAAUGUUAUUAGUUAAAUUAUGGUUAGAUUUAAAGAAAAUUCCAACAGUCAACUCAUUCCAUUUAUCAAUGCUAUUAAUUCAUUUAUAUAAUAACGGUAGAAUCAAUAAAUCCAUGAGUUCAUAUCAAGCUUUUCGUAUGUUAAUGGUAUUUAUCAGUAAAGAAAUUUCAAGUAAAUCAGUAAUCUUUAUGAAAUUAUCUCAAGAUGCUAUCAGCAGUGGAAGUAUUAAACAAAAUCAAUAUUUUGAAGAAUUUGAAAAACUUUAUCCAGUUGCUUUAGUCGAUGAUACAGGUUUAUUAAAUGUUUGGUCAAGUGUUUCAAGUUGGGGCUUAAGACAAUUGAUUUUAGAGUCUCGUUUGGUUUUAGAGAAUUUAGAUUCUGGUAAUGGUUUUGAAGAGAUCUUUAUGACCAAAUUCCAUUUCUACACUGAAUAUGAUUUAGUUUUAAAGAUCAUCCUUGGUAAAGAAGAACUCUCACAAUUCGAGGUACCACUUAACGACUACUACCAAAAAGAAAGUUAUUUAGAAAAUCGUAUAUACCAAUUACUUAGAAAAUCAUUAACCAAACGUGUUACUAAAGUCACAAUUUUCAAACACGAUAAUGACGAGUAUACCUGUUGGAAAGAUGAAAUGCCAGAGAAUGUCGACCGUACUCUUACUGUUGGUAUUAAAGUUAAUACAGAGAAUUGGUUAAGUGUUAUCGACUUGGGCCCACCAGCUGAUCAUGUUAACUCUGCUAAAUUCCGUGAAUUCUGGGGUGCCAAAUCACAGGUUCGUCGUUUCAAAGAUGGUUCCAUUUUAGAUGCUGUUACCUGGUCACCAAAGAAUGGCUCACGUCAUUUGGUUAUUGAAGAGAUUGUUAAAUACAUUUUAAAUCUCCACUUAAAGAUCCCAGUCACUAGAGUUUCAACCAUUGUCUCUGAAUUAGAUUCACUUAUUAUUGGCGAAAAGGUUCAAGAUCAAACUUUAAAUGUCAUUGCUGCUAAAGAAAAAUUAAUUCAUGUUAUUGGUCAAUUAGGUUUACCAUUGGGUAUCGAAGCAUUCUCUCCAAUCAGUCCAGCACUCCGUUAUACUGAUGUUUUAACAUCAUUCGAUGAAAACUACCUCGAAAAUGAACCAAUUCAAAUCUUAUUACACUUCCAAACUAGCCAACAAUGGACCAAAGAUGUAGACAGCAUCAACGCACUCAAAACAGCUUUCCUCUUAAAGAUGGCCCGUGAAUUAGAAAACACAAUCUUUAGACCUCGUUUAACCGAAAAGUAUUUAGACUUACAAGUUGAUGGAUUUGUUUUCCGUUUAAUUAGCUACUAUCCAAAAGAAAUGGAGUUUAUGCGUGAACAAUGGAAAGUAGAGGGAUUACCAGAGUUAGAAUCAUUACAAAGAAAUUCAAUUCAUCACACUUUUAUCCAAUCACUUCACACCACCUAUUCAUCAUACGGACCAACUACACGUAUUGCAUUACGUUGGAUUCAUUCUCAUCUCUUUAGCGAUUUCAUCGACCAACAAUCCGUUGAACUCUUAGUCGGUAGUUUAUAUAAAGGAAUCGAAAGAGACGACGGAUCAAUGGAUUCAACCAAUGUACCAAAAACACCACUAAUGGGCUUCCUUAGAUUUUUAUUCCUCCUCUACACCUACAACUUUGAAGAACAACCAUUAAUUAUCGAUUUUAACAACAGUAUCAAAGAAUCAACUAUUCAAGAAAUUAAAAAUAUGUUUGCUCUUCAAAAACAAUCCAAUAAUCCACCAAUUAUUUAUUUUGCAACCGAUAAAGAUCGUAAUAAUCAAUGGUUUAGACAUACAACCAUCAGAGAUCAAGAUCAAUGGUCAAAAAUUAAAUUAUUAGCUCAAAAAUCAAUUGAAUUAAUUGAAGAUAACUUUACAAAUCAAACAUUCAAUUGGUUAUCAAUCUUUGAACCAUCAUUAUUCGACUUUGAUGCAAUCUUUAAUUUAAAUGAACAAUUAAUACCAAAUCAUUCAAAAGAAAUUUUAAAUAUUAUCAAUAAUAAGAAAUUUAAUUUAUUAUCAUAUUUAAAUACAAAUAGUAAUGGUACAAAUAAUAACAAUAACAAUAUUUCAAAUACAUCAACUUCAAAGAAACCAGUUUUUAAAAAUAUUAUUAAAAAAUCAGAUAACAAUAACAAUAAUAAUAAUAAUAAUGAUUCAAACCAAUUAAAUAAUGGUAAUAAUAAUAAUUUAAUAUAUAAAGAUUUUAAACCAGGUUUCAAUCCAGUUGUAGAAUUAAUUAAUCAAUUAAAAGAUAAAUUUUCAGAAUAUUGCAUAUUCCAAUAUGAUUUAGUUGGUGGAAAUAAAAUUACUUUGAAAUGGAAAUCACAAGCUUUUCUUCCAGUUCCAUUUAAACCAUCAAAAUCAAAAUAUGUAACACCAAUUUCAAAAGAUUCAAACUUGGUUAUUCCAAAUAUCUUUGAAAUUUUAAAUGAAAUUCAAAUGCUCGGCGGUAAAUUAAUCAAAUCAUUUAAAUUAAAUCAAAACUCUAAUAACCUUUUAAAAGAAUGGUCAUUAUAA